CACCAGCUAUAGUUUUGUUUUCUCCUUAGUUCUUAGCCGCUCCCUGAAUGUUGGCUGAGAAGGAAACGAAACCACCAAGAAGUCUGUUUGAAAGCGACAAUUUACAUUGUGACAGAGUUCAAUGAGAAUUGAAUCUUAUACACUCGAGUGUGGACAAAGAUGAUGCUCCAGUAUCGAGACCUAGCUAAGCUUAAAACGAAGAAGAUUGUUUUUGAGGAUGUAUUUGCUGCUCGUGAUUCUGUAACUCUGGAGAAUUUGAAAGAGUUGAGUUCCAAACGUAGGGUAAUUGAGAACUCCAUUAAUCAAACAAGCUUUAUCACUGAAGCUAUUGCGAGAGAAAUGUCUGGUGGUUCCACUUCUCGUUGUGAGCAGGAACGUCUUCGACUGGAAAAUUAUUUGCCAUUAUUGGAAAAUUUCAUUUCUCAUGCUGAUGUGGUCGGCAGAGACAGUCAGAUGGUCCGCUGGAUUUCACAACUCAAGAUACAAUGGAGCAGUGUUCUUAGCUCGUCAACUUUCUUUAACCUUACAGGUCCAAAGUUUUUUCAAAUUGAUAAUUUGCAGUUUGAGCUUGGUAUGGCCCUCUUCCUUUAUGGAGCAAUACUUAGGGAGAGGGCUUUGGAGUUUCUGCCAUCAGACUUGAAGCAAUCAGCUUUCAUCUUCAGAGAAGCUGCUGGAGUCUUUCAUUAUCUGGCUCAUGAUGUUCUUCCCUCUUUACAUCCUACAAUUGCUGCAGAAAGGCCAUCAGAAGCUAGUUCAUCUGUGACUGCUGCUACAAGUCUCAUUUGUUUGGCUGAGGCCCAGGCUGUAUACAUAAGAAAGGCUGAAGAAGCAGGAAAUAUAGGUUUUGGUGUUUUGGCAAAGCUACACUGUGGCGUUGCAGAAUUGCUCAGUGAAGCCAUUGGAGCUUUAAAUUCUGGGAUUGGAGAGUACAAGGCCAUUUCAUCACGCUUUUUGGAAUUUAUAUCCUCUUGCAAAGCUCUACAUGAGUUACAAAGUCAGAAAUACUUUGCAGCAAGUUUAAAGAAUGAUGGCCAAGUUGGAGUUGCCAUUGGACUUCUUCGUGAUGCUUUAACCAAUGUGAAGAGGAAAAUGCCAGGGGAGGAUUCUUGGAAAUCUGUCUUUAGGAAAGAAAUUGAAAAUGCUGCAGAUACCCUCAGAAAGUUGGAACAUGAGAACGAAUUUGUUUGGCAAGAGAAGAUUCCUUCUGCAGAUGAGUUGCCAUUACUUGAGGGUAACAAAAUUGUGAAGAUAGAACCUUAUCGGCCCAAGAAAUGGGAGAGAGAACUUGCUUUUAAGAUAUAGGUAAAUAUAUAGAAAACUCUUGUAUAGAAUUCCUAUCUCCAUUUUAAGGAAGCAAGGGCAAACGAGCUUCUAGUUUUCCUUGCCUUUUUAUUUAAUGUCCAGAAAGUGAGAAGAAUACUACUUUUUCUUUCCAGUAGUCUGGCAAAGCCUGGAGGAUUUUUUGGUAUGUUGAUUGGGCUGUAUGGACAAAGGUGUUUAUAUAGCUGUUGAUUGAUUAUAA